AUGGCCAUGCAGGGCAUCGAGAUUACCGCGUCUGCGGAAGAGCCCGCUGUGGUUGGGUCAUAUGUGCUUGUUGGCGACGACGUUUUUGACGGCGGCGUUGUUGAUCCGCCGCCCACAUCAGAAGACGAAAGGGGCAACGAAGGCGCGGUUCUCGGCGACGAAGAGGACGAUCUGAGCGACGAGGACCACUACUUCAGCAGCGACGACGAGGACGACGACACUGACGACGAGGACGUCGAUAUGGACAGCGAGUUUGAAGAGGACGACGAGGUGCCGAAGGUCAAGAACGGCGACGUGGCGGCGGCGACAUGCAAGUUCCUUGGGCAGCCGGCGCGGAUCGCCACCGUGCAGAGCACGGUUUGCUUCAUGAAGCUCACCACUUCCUCGGCGCCACUCUGUCAGUGUCAGUGUCAUCACGGCUGCGGCGGCGAAAUCAUCGUCGACUACCGCUACACCCGCUUCUUGCGGACGCAGAGCGGCGGAGGCGACGGCGACGGCGUCGACAUGCACAUCCUGGGCCCCAAACAAGCACGUCUCCGUUUCGUCCUCCCCUCUCCUUUGGCCUCCGCCUCCGAUCCGGUGACGACGACGGUGAGCAGCUCGCUGCGAUUCGCCGGCGCCGUGCUGGCGUCGCUGGUCUACCCCGCCCGCUUCAGCGCGCAGCUCCAGACACUGUGGUCGGUCACGACGGUGCCGGUCCUCGUCCCGGCACGGGCCACGUGUCUCUUGGUGACCGUCGACGUGGGCAUACUCCGGCCCGGCGACUUCACGCCGGCGCGCAUGAUGCGCAUGUGCGAAGCGCUGGAGUCCGUGGCUGGCGAUCACGGGGCGGUGGCGCUGCCCACGCCUUUUGAGUUUGACAUCGCCACGGAGCUCCACCUGCCCGCGCUCCUCAGGUCGGAGGACGACGUGCGGCCAACGAAGCGGAGGAGGGUCACCGGUGAAGACUGCCCGAUCUGCUGCGAGGUGCUCAAGGAAGGCGGAGGCCUGGCGGCGUGGCCCCGGUGCUCGCACAUCUUCCACAGCGGGUGCUUGGAGCAGCACCUUCUCACGGGGUAUCAGGAAUGCCCUUUGUGCAGGAGUGAACUGAAGCUCAGCCCGACCCCAUGUGGAAAGUGA